CACCUAACCCUAACCCUCACAGGAAACUUUUUUUUUUAACUUUCUCUCAAAAAAAAAAAAAACAUUCUGUAUUAUUUAUAAGCGUUUUGAAAAAUGGGGACAUGUCCUCAUAAGUCACCCUCUCCUUGUAAUAUGUGUCGACUCAUACCCAUGUCAUUAUAAAGAGUUGUGUCCUGAUAUGUCACAAAAACGAGCACACACAGACAGACUGACACACACACACACAGACAAACAGACAGACAGACAGACAGAUAUAUAGAUAGAUAGAUCUUUUAUGUUGUAUCUCCAUGGUGUCACACACCACACAACACGAAUGUAAGGCUAUGAAAGACAUGAGAGGAGCGCAGGUGAGACGACAGACGUCACGUGACCAGAGGUUCAGCGUCCAGGUGAGGGAGCUGCUGUACACGACAGUUGAACAAACAACAACGAGCUGGGAUGUAGUUCACGGCAUAAAUAUUUUCAUCAUGAAUUCAAGCGGUAGAUUAUCAGAUGAUGAAGAAAAGAUUACGGUUUUGUCUUGGAUCUACGUCUCGACUUUGAGUUUAAGUCUGAUAGGUAGUUUUUCUGUCGUGGUGGUUUCCGUCAUAAAGAGAAAGCAUCUCAAUGAACAGGCAAAGCCUCUUCUUCAGCUGGCGCUGGCAGAUUUCCUGGCAUCACUUGUGUUGAUGAUCACCGCCUUAAGUAAUUUAACCGAUGAAAUUUGGCCGUUCAGUAAAAAGAUGUGCAACCUCGGAUUGCCUUUGUCUUUGGCCUUCUACUGCAUCUCGUUUCUGCUUGUCAUCAUUUAUGCCUAUGAGUCAGCACAUGCGUUUCAAGGAUGGAGAGAAAAACCAGUGCAGGAAGCUUUUGAAACCCAGUUAACACAGUUAUCACGCAGAAGGAGGAAAUUUUGUCUGACCUAUGUUAUUGCGUGGCUUGUACCAAUAAUUGGAUACUUCAUCUAUAUUCAUACCGUCAGUUAUAUUGAAGCUACUAUUGCACCAGAAGAGAUACCAACACUGACAACCGUCAGCAGAGAUCCCGUCAGAUUCUGCAACAGCUGCAUUCUCUUCCUGCGUCUUAUAAAUGAAUCCUGCAUAACAUUGGAUCCAGGUCAUGCUAAGUUCAUUCAAAUUUUCACAUUGAGCAAUGUGUUGAUCGUCAUCAUCAUCUGCACAAUGUUCUACUGUAAGUUAGACAGCUCUUAUAGGCAUUAUGCGAACACAAGGAUGAUCACAAUGACACGGAGACAUCGAGGUGGGAUUUGGUCCUCGGCUCGAUACAUGAUCCUUGUUGUCAUUUUCUGCUGGACACCAGCGCUGCUUCUCAUUUGUCUGUCGUUCGCACAACCUAAGAUAAAAUAUCUCUUCCCUCUCUAUGUCACUCAGGCGCUGUCAGUGUCACUCCAGGGUUUUCUGAACAGUAUUGUGUACGCAUGGAGACGACGCAAUUUCAGAGACGCCGUGCUUGGGGAACGUCUGCCUCUCAUGGCCUACUCUAACAGAGCCUUCUUUGACCAAUCAUUAAAUGAGCCAUCAUGAAAUCUCAAUAUGAAAUCAUGUACGUGUUAUGUGUGUAUAAAAUACAAGUUUUCUUUUACAAAAAUGUUUGCUUAAAUGAUUUCUUUUUAUUUAUAUAUAAUUUUAGGAAAUGCUAUAUAUUUGCUGUCUGCAGAACAGUACUUUCCUUGAAAUGUAUAAACCAAUAGUGGAGCCUCAAAAAGACAAAUUAUUAGUUGUUUAUUUUCAAACCAUACUUUCACCUUACUUACAAGAGUGAUAUUAUAUGGAAACUGUAUAUUUGAUGUAUCAGAUAUUCAACUUCAAUUUUGUUCAAUAAAUGUCUAUGUACAGCCAUGAGCCAGUACGUCUAGUUCUUGACUGAACGAGUUUGCUAGCUCAUCUAUUACCUAACAAUGACAAAACCACAUGCCACAGGGCUGCGGUAGUAUAAUA